UGGCGCGUUAUGACCGAAGCACUAUACGCAUGUGCAGUUAUUUGUACCAUGUACGCAGGCGAACUAAUUCAAUAUGGCCACCAGCGUGCCAUACAGUGGGUGAAAUAAAGUAUUUUUAUAGUUAUCAAAUGUUUUUAUACAGUUCGCGGCUCAAGAAGCUACUUAAAAAGUGGCCUGGAAAAAAGCUAUUAGGAGAAUAUCGAUUUCUACCGAUUUUCUUUGUCGCGGGUGCAGCCCUUGAGUUUUCCAUGAUUAAGUGGAAAGUAGGAGAGGUUAACUUUUAUAACACGUACAAACGCCGGCAAGUGGAGACUAUCGUGAAUAAUAAAUUAGAAAAGGAGAAAUUGGCAGCACCGCACAUUACGAAGGACUAGGAAUAGAAAUCUCAAGAAUGCCUGCUGGAUUAUCUUCGUCUCGAUAUUUAACAUUUGUCGCUUCUGCGAUGCUCACAAUGUUUGCCGGAGCACAGGUUGUUCACAUGUAUUAUAGACCACUGGAUGACUUGGAUGAGCUUGUUCAAAGAGAAUUGGAGAGACGAAGGGCAGAAAAAAGCACAUAACGAAUCAGUGUCUAUCAUAACCAAAAGACCAUGAUCAAAGUAGUAUAGAUUUACCGUAACAACUGAAUCAAAUAAAGGAAAAUAUAUUAUAACGAAA